AUGAAUAGAUUAGCUCAAUUUAAUUCAUUAACUCGUUGUUUAAUCAAUAACAAUGUCAAAAGUUUAUUAAGUGUACCAGAAUAUAGCAAAAGAUUCUACGAACUUGAGGCUGGUGAAUUAAAAAAAGGUAUGUUUAUCGAACAUAAAAACAAGCUUUUCCAAAUCGAAAAAUUACAACAUCAAAAAGUAGCAAUGAGAGGUGGUUUCAUCAUUGCCGAUAUUAAAAAUAUUAUCGAUGGUUCAAGAAGCAACUAUAAAUUUAGAAGUGCCGAAAAUGUUGAAAUUGUAGAAUUACCAAAAGAAGACUAUGUUUAUAUUGGUGAAAAAAGUGGCAAAUUUUUAUUUAAAAAAGUAGAAGAAGGUGAGGACGAUGAAGAAAUCGCUGCCUCUGAAGAUCAAUUAAUUGGAUAUGCACCAUACUUAGCAUAUUUAGACCCUGAAACCGAAUAUAACUUUAGAGAAUAUAAUGGUAAGGUUAUUGAUUUCAAAGGUCCAACUGAUGUUGUUUUAAAAAUUAAAAAUAUAACCGAUCUUCAAAAUUAUAAAGUUUUAUAUUUCGAAAAUGGUAGAUCAUGCAAAGGCCCAAGUUACCUCAAACCUGGUGACCAAGUUCAAAUUCGUAUUCCAGAAGAAGAAUUAAUUACCGCUGUAAAAAGAAGUUAA